AACCGGCUGGACAUAGACAACAGCUUGACAAAAGUUCACAUGACUUUAGAUCACCAUCUUCUAUUGCAGCAAUCCAAUGGAUUUCAAGGGACUAAGACAGUCUAGAGAGCUAUUGCAUGAACAAUGUCUUUAACAGACAGUGAUUGACAACACAUUGCUUGCACAACUAGAUUAGCCGAGGAAGACCAGGAAGAGAAAUUUGAGGAGACGUAUACUAGCAAGAGACAAAAUUCAAGCAGCCAUGAGAACAGCCAGGCGGGCUAGUACCAUGGAGGUGCCCUCCUUCCUCAGACAGCUGGUGAAGGAGACAGAGAAGAUGGUGACCUUCUUCUUUAAGGGUGGGAGAAGGGAAGAUUAUGACUUUGAGAAUGAGGAGGACAAUCCAAGUCCGUACCUGGAUCGGCCGAUUUUGGCGAAGGACAUGGAAGAAGGGGGAUCAAAAUGGGGAGUUAACUACGGCAUGGCCUCUGUGCAGGGUUGGCGCGUCCAGAUGGAGGAUGCCCACACCUGCAUGCCAGAGAUGUCUGGAGGACUUCCAAGCUGGAGCUAUUUUGCUGUGUUUGAUGGACAUGCUGGAAGAACAGUGGCUCAGUACUGCGCCAAACACCUGCUGGAUUUCAUACUGGAUAAAGGCUGUGUGAUGGCGGAUGAGGAUCCAGAUCAGGUCAAAGAUGGCAUCAGGAAUGGUUUUCUUGGCAUCGACCGGCACAUGCACACCCUGGCACGUAACGAGAACUGGGACCAUAGCGGAUCAACGGCGACUGCCGUUAUGAUCUCUCCGCGAAACAUCUACUUCAUCAACUGCGGUGAUUCACGAACCUUCCUUUGCCGUGAUGGCCAGGUGGUCUUCUACACGGAGGACCACAAACCCUGCAACCCACGAGAGAAAGAGCGCAUCCAGAACGCCGGUGGGUCGGUCACCCUCCAGCGCAUCAAUGGUUCUCUGGCUGUGUCCCGAGCUCUUGGAGACUACGAUUUUAAGGAGGUGGAAUUGAAGACCCAGACCGAACAGCUGGUAUCACCUGAACCCGAGGUGUACGAACUGAGGCGAACCCCGGAAGAUGAGUUCUUGGUGGUGGCGUGCGAUGGUGUAUGGGAUGCAGUUGGUAAUGAGGAACUGUGUGCAUUUGUGCGUAACCGUCUGCAGGUGUGCGACGAUCUGAGAGACAUUUGUGCGCAGGUCAUUGACCUCUGCCUCUAUAAGGGAAGCUUAGACAACAUCAGCAUCAUCAUUAUCUGCUUCGACAGCGCCCCCAAAGUGACGCCAGAGGCAUUGCAACGUGAGGCAGCGUUAGAGCAAAUCAUUGAGCAGAAAGUGGAAAAGAUCAUUCAAAUGAUGAGAGCUAAAGAUGAGGAUCCUGACCUGCUCUAUGUGAUGAAGUUCCUGGCAUCUGAAGAAAUUCCCGGCCUUCCACCAGGUGGAGGAAUAAUAAGCAAGAAAGAUUGCAUAAUUGCGGCAUAUCAAAAAUAUGCAGCAGCCAUACGGUCUAUUGAGGCGAUGGAUAUUGUCGGAUCUGAGGAUUCCAACUCGUGAAUUUUCCUGGAAAUAAAAUCAAGCCUGGAAUCUCUGUGGAUGUUCUUACCAAUGAAAUGAGGACAAUUUUGAGCCCACUACUUAAGAAAGGACAAACUGUGUAGCCAAAUUUUUCUCUUUUUCAAAUCAAUGUUGUUAAAAUAGAAACAGAGAGUGAAAUUUCACAAAGGUUUCAUGAAGGAAAGCAUUCUUAAGCUGAAAUGUCUAGUUCUCUCUAUAAUUCAUGGAUAGAUUAAAGUAUAAAUACACAGUGUCUGUGGCACUGUUAAGACUUUGCUCUGUUUUUUGAGCACUCUGAUAUCGCAACACUGUCUCACUCAUGAGUGUGCCUGCCCAAACAGAAAACCAAUGAACAAAAAGUGUUAAAUAAAAAUUGUUAUUUUUGCAAUGUAAGCAUUAUUUUUGCAUUAUUUGACACUUGAAAUCCUUAUGGUUUGAAAAGUUGUGGUAAAAAUAAACAUUUUCAAUAUAUAUAAUUCAAUAUAAUUAUAAUAUAAUAAAGACCUGUGACAUUCAGAACAUACAUACUAUUCACCUUCUGUCCAGCAAUAAAAAGAUAACGUGU